CAGACAGUUAUAAACUUUCACUUUCAUCACUGAGUGUGUCGCAGCAAGAACUGCAGCAGGUUCUUCAGACGCAGCAGUUGGUCUUCAGCUGAAUUAGUGUCUGAUGUGUCCAGCACAGUGACAUCAUGGCGACUGCAGCACCAGAUGAUCUGCAUCCUCUGAAGCACAGUGGCAGCUUGGAGUUGCUGCCACCUCACAUGUCUGAGCUGAGGGUUGUUCUGCUGGGGAACAGCUGGUCUCAGAGGAGUUCAGUGGGGAACUUCAUACUGGAAGAGACUGUGUUCAACACUGAGGAAGAACCAGACCGCUGUCUGAGAGUCAGUGGACAGUUAGAGGAGAAAAAGAUAGUUAUCAUCAACACUCCAGAUCUGCUGCAUCCCAACAUUUCUGAAGACAAACUGUCAGAACAUGAAGAAAAGUGUGUGAGAUACUCUGAUCCUGGACCUCAGGUGUUCCUGCUGGUUCUACAGCCUGAAGACUUCACUGAGGAACACAAACUGAGCCUCUGCAGAGUCCUGAAACUCUUCAGUGAUCAAUCAUUUGAUCAUUCAUUCAUACUGAUAUCAACACCCAGAGAGGAGAGUUCAGGUUUCAAAGAUGAACCAGACCAGCCCUUAAAAGACAUGAUCAGAAUGUGUAGAUACAGAUACCUGAAGCAGAAGAACCUUGAACGUCCAGAGCUGUUAACACGAUUGGGUCAAACUGCAAAGGAGAACAAUGGAGAGCAUGUGAGCUGGGAUGUGUCUAUGGAUGAAGCACCUGCUCUACCAGCUGAUCAUCAAAGCCUGAAACAAAAAGAGAAACAGACUUCUAUCACAGGUGCUGUUAUAGCUGCUGUGUGUGAGCUGAGGGUUGUUCUGCUGGGGAACAGCUGGUCUCAGAGGAGGUCAGUGGGGAACGUCAUACUGGGAGAGACUGUGUUCAACACUGAGGAAGAACCAGACUGCUGUCUGACAGAAAGAGGACAGAUAAAGGACAAAGAAAUAGUUCUGAUCAACACUCCAGAUCUGCUGCAUCUCAACAUCUCUGAAGACAAACUGUCAGAACAUGUAGAAGACUGUGUGAGACUCUCUGAUCCUGGACCUCAUGUGUUCCUGCUGGUUCUACAGCCUGAAGACUUCACUGAGGAACACAAACUGAGACUCUGCAGAGUCCUGAAACUCUUCAGUGAUCAAUCAUUUGAUCAUUCAUUGAUACUGAUAUCAACACCCAGAGAGGAGAGUUCAGGUUUCAAAGAUGAACCAGACCAGCCCUUAAAAGACAUGAUCAGAAUGUGUAGAUACAGAUACCUGAAGCACAAGAACCUUGAACGUCCAGAGCUGUUAACACGACUGGGUCAAACUGCAAAGGAGAACAAUGGAGAGCAUGUGAGCUGUGAUGUGUCUGAGGAUGCACCAUCUGUUUUAAAAACCCCUGGGACUCACACAUCUGCACUUAGGAUUGUGCUGCUGGGAAAAAGUGAAGACAAACAGACAAAACUUGGGAACUUCAUCACUGGAGAGCAAAGUUUUCAUUACCAAAGAAGUUCCCCAACCAGACAGUGUGUGGCCACCUGUGGAGAGUGGAGAGGAAAACCAUUAACAGUAGUGAAAACUCCAAACAUCCUCAGUUUGUCUGUUGAAAUGCUGAGAAGAGAGGUGAAGAACUGUUUGACUCUUUCUCUCCCUGGACCAAAUGUUCUGCUGCUGUUAGUGAAACCUUCUGAGUUCACUGAGGAGAACAGACAAACACUGAAGUUCAUCCUGAGUCUGUUUGGUCAAGAUGCCUUUAAAUACUCGAUGGUCAUCAUGACACAUGAGGGGAGGAGUAAAAUGAGUGUCACUGUUAAUGAACUCCUGAGAGACUGUGGAGGAAGAUACUACAGUAUGUCUGAAGACAACCACACAUCACUGAUGGAGAGGAUUGAAGAAACAGCUAAUAAACACAUCAGGGCAGCUUUAAACCUGGUCCUGUGUGGGAGGAGAGGAGCAGGGAAGACUUCAGCAGCCAAGGCCAUUUUAGGUCACACAGAGCUUCAUUCAGUCUCCAGCUCAUCAGAGUGUGUUAAACAUCAGGGAGAGGUGUGUGGACGUUGGGUUUCCCUGGUGGAGCUGCCUGCCUUGUAUGGAAAACCUCAGGAGGCAGUGAUGGAGGAAUCAUUCAGGUGUAUCUCCCUCUGUGAUCCUGAGGGCGUCCAUGCCUUCAUCCUGGUCCUACCUGUGCGUCCCCUCACUGAUGAAGACAAGGGAGAGCUAGAGACCAUCAGGAACACAUUCAGCUCUCGAGUCAAUGACUUCACCUUGAUCCUGUUCACUGUGGAGUCAGAUCCUACAGCUCCACCUGUUGUUAACUUCAUAAAGAAAAACAGAGACAUCCAGGAGCUCUGUCAGAGCUGUGGAGGAAGAUAUGUUGUUCUCAACAUCAAGGACCAGCAGCAGAUCCCAGAGCUGUUGGAUGCUGUGGAAGAAAUGAAACUGAGACCCAAUAAAGACAAACCAUCUGGCUACACAACAGAAACAUACGCAUAUGUCCAAAUACAAAAGAUCAGCAAACUACAGGCUGAACUGAAGGACCUGAAAACAGAAAGCAAAAUCAGCUGUGAUGAAGAGGAGCAGAGCCCAGAGUGUCUCAGGAUUGUGCUGAUAGGGAAGACUGGCUGUGGAAAGAGUUCUUCAGGAAACACCAUCCUAGGAAGGAAGGAGUUUAAAGCUGAAUCAAGCCAAAUAUCAGUCACCAAACACUGUCAGAAAGCAGUGGGUGAGGUGGACGGUCGUCCUGUUGCUGUGGUCGACACUCCUGGUCUGUUUGACACAACUUUGUCCCAUGAAGAGGUUAAUGAGGAGAUGGUGAAAUGCAUCAGUCUUCUGGCUCCAGGACCACAUGUCUUCCUGUUGGUGUUACAAAUUGGCAGAUUAACACCAGAGGAGAAGGAGACAUUAAAACUCAUCAGGGAAGGCUUUGGGAAGAAUGCUGAACAGUUCACCAUCAUUCUUUUCACCAGAGGAGAUGAACUGGAACAUGACGAAAUAUCGAUUGAGAAAUACAUUGAAGAAAAAUGUGAUGACUCCUUUAAGAAGCUGAUUGCUGACUGUGGAGGAAGAUGCCAUGUGUUCAAUAACUAUGAUAAACACAACCACAAACACGUCAGUGAGCUGAUGACCAAGAUUGACACCAUGGUGAAGACAAAUGGAGGCAGCUGCUACACUAAUGAGAUGCUGCAAGAGGCCGAGGCAGCUAUAAAGAAAGAGAUGGAGAGGAUCCUGAAGGAGAAGGAAGAAGAGAUGAAGAAGGAGAGGGAGGAACUGAGAAGAAAAUAUGAGGAAGAAAUGCAAGAGAUGAAAAGAAGAAUGGAAGAACAGAGAGCAGAAAUUGAAAAGGAGAGAAAACUGAGAGAAAAAGAACUCAAAGAAAAGGAGGAGAAGAUAAAGAAGGAACGUGAGGAAAGAGAGAAAGAACAGAAAAUGAGAGAAGAAGAAGACAGGAAGAGAAAAGAACAGGAAGAAAUUAAACGACAGGAGUGGGAACAAAAAUUUGAAGCUUUGGAGCAAAAAUUAAAGUUAGAGUCAGAAUCAAAAGACAGAAAGCUGGAGGAGAGCAGAGAAGAGAUGAGGAAAGAACGAGAGAACUGGGAGAGAAAAAAAGAAUGGUGGGAGAAACGAGAUCAAGAAAAUGAACAGAGACGACAGGAAGAACAAACAAGACUGAAAAAGCUUCAAAAAGAGUUUGAACAGGAAAAAGAAAAUUAUGAAAAGAAGAGGAAUGAAGAGGAACAAAUCAGAAGAGAACAAGAGGAAAAAGAGAGAAAAGAUAAAGAGGAAAAACAAAGAGCAGAAAUUGAAAAGGAGAGAAAACUAAGAGAAAAACUACUUCAAGAAAAGGAGGAAAGGAUCAACAAGGAACGUGAGGAGAAAAAGAAAGAACAGGAAAUGAGAGAAGAAGAAGACAGGAAGAGAAAACAAGAGGAAGAAAUUCAACGACAGGAGUGGGAACAAAAAUUUGAAGCUUUGGAGCAAAAAUUAAAGUUAGAGUCAGAAUCAAAAGACAGAAAGCUGGAGGAGAGCAGAGAAGAGAUGAGGAAAGAACGAGAGGACUGGGAGAGAAAACAAAAAGCAUGGUGGAAGAGAAGAGAUCAAGAAAAUGAACAGGGACAACGCAAAGCAGAAAUAAAACUGAAAAAGCUUCAAGAAGAAUAUGGACAAAGGGAAAAAUGUUUAAAGAAAACAAUGGAAGAGGAACGAACCAGAAGAGAACAAGAGGAAAAAGAGAGAAAAGACAAAGAGGAAAAACGGAGAGCAGAAACUGAAAAGGAGAGAAAACUGCGAGAAAAACUACUUCAAGAAAAGGAGGAGAAGAUCAACAAGGAACGUGAGGAGAGAAGGAAAGAACAGGAAAUGAGAGAAGAAGAAGACAGGAAGAGAAAACAACAGGAAGAAAUUCAACGACAGGAGUGGAAACAAAAAGUUGAAGCUUUGGAGCAAAAAUUAAAGUUAGAGUUAGAAUUAAAGGACAGAAAGCUGGAGGAGAGCAGAGAAGAGAUGAGGAAAGAACGAGAGAACUGGGAGAGAAAACAAAAAGAAUGGUGGGAGAAACGAUAUGAAGAAGAUGAACAGAGACGACAGGAAGAACAAACAAGAUGUAGAAAACUUCAAGAUGAAUACGACCAGGAGAGAGAGAGAUAUGAAAAGAAGAGAAAAGAAGAGGAGCGACUCAGAAGAGAACAAGAGGAAAAAGAGAGAAAAGACAUGGAGGAGAACUAUAAGAAGAAAAUGGAGAAUCUGAUGAAGAGACAUGAAGAGGAGGCCAGAGAGAAAGCUGAAGAGUUCAAUGAAUUCAAAGAGAAAUACAAGAAGGAAUGUGCAGCUCUAAAGCAGGAGCAUGAGAGACAACUGAAAGACAAAGAGCAGCAGUAUGACCUCUUAAAGGCUCUUUCAGCUCACAAUGAAGAACAACUGAAGAAAAAACAUCAAGGUGAAAUUUGUGACUUAGUGAAAUGUGUGACCAGAAAGAAAGAAAAUCUGAAAAAAAUAAAAAAACUACUGAAAAAACACAAAAAAGAAAUGAAGGAAGUGAAAAAUGAAGAGGAAAAGAAGAAUCUGCAGAUGACACAUGACAGUCAAAUAAGUGACUUGACACAGGAACUCGUGAAACAAGUCGACACAUCAAGCUGUCACAUUUUAUGAUUCAUGUCACAACAGCAGAGCAGUUUCAGAUGUACUUCAUUCAUUCUGGAAUUAUUUGGUUUCAAUGACUGAAACUUGAAAGAAGCAGAGACUUCACUGUGAUAAUUUGCAGUGGACUACACUGUAAUGUUUAUCAUGGUCACAUACUGUAAACACUUCUCAUUGGCUGACAGGUGUCUAAAUCAGGAGCGAUGCUUCAGUCUUUAUUAUACCCUUGUUUUACUCAAAUUAGCAUGCAUAUGAUUUUUUUUUAACAUGGUGAAACCCUCUAAAAAUAGGCAACAGACUCUUCUCCCAUUGCCAGUAGACCAGAGACGCGUGCACAGCUCUGCAGUAGACAAGUACGCCUCAUGUUUAUUUUUCACUGAUGUGUCACUUUCAACGUCUCAAACAUGCCAGAAAACAGGUCACUAAACUAUACAGCAUGGAGGCCAAUAAAAAUGUCACUCUUAAUCUCACACUUAUUCAGUCUCUCUUUCAAACUUGGUGCUGCCUUAAUUUGAAAUGAUGUUCAAGCGCUGCUUGGAUGAAGACAGACAGUAUGUUGUGGCCGUUCAUCACUGCAUUGUGCUGGCAAAGGAGCUCAAAUUAGGGCAUCUACCUGGUGUCAUGUUACAUUUUUUGAUGUUUUUAUUUUCCUGUGUAAUUCUCUAAAGAUAAUGGCCAUUACAGAUGAUCUUUGUUUUCUUUUGAGUAUGAGAAAAGAACAUGAUGUUUGUCAUGGAAUGAAAUGAAAUGUUCAGAUGUUCUAUGUGAAUAUAAUUUCAAAUGUUCAUCAGAUGAAUGAACCUGAUAAAAACUGAAUGUUUUAAUGUUUCUUUGUUUUGGUUCAUGUCCAAUAAGAAUGGAAACUUUCUGACUGAUUA